UUUAGUUUCUUUUUCUACGCAGCGGCAGUAAAGAAGCUGUGAGAGGAGUGGUCUGAACAAAGAAUACAAUUCUCUAAGACCAGUUACUUCACCAGUUUUUCCCAGCUUUAAAAACUGACAUUGUACAGAGAUGGUAGUUGGCGACUUGGACGAUAAGACUGUGGCUGCAUCUGUUCCUGCCAUGAUGCCUGUCAACAUGCCUGGUGCAGAGCAAGAGGAACAUGAGUAUGCAGAGCCCUUGAGGAUCAUGCUGCUGGGAAAGAGCGGGGUAGGCAAGAGCUCGAGUGGGAACACCAUCCUCGGGAAACACGUCUUUAAAUCAGACAUGAGGCUGGUGAGAGUCACCAGACACUGCGAGAAGAUGACUGGGACAGUUAAAGACGUGCCCAUUGAUAUGAUUAAGAAGGUUAAGGACGUGCCCGUCGCUGUGAUUGACACACCCGGCUUUUUUGAGACAGGAAGAGACAAGGGGGACAUUGUGCGAGAGGUUCUGAAGUGCGUCAAACUCCAGGAGCCAGGACCUCAUGCCUUUGUGGUUGUAGUCCCCGUAGGACGGAUGACUCAGGAAGAUCAAGAAACCAACGAGCUGAUCGAAGCAAAGUUUGGCCCAAAAGUGUGGGACUACACCAUUGUGCUGUUCACUCAUGGAGACCGCUUGGAUGAAAAAACAAUAAACGAUGUCAUCACUGAGAGCGACGACAACCUCCGCAACUUCAUACGCAAGUGUGGCGGCGGCUUCCAUGUCUUCAACAAUAAGAACCCGGAGGACCAGGAGCAGGUGGCCAGCUUCAUAGCAAAGAUCCAGACCAUGGUGGCCCUGAACGGAGGGGAUUACUACAACACAGACUUGUAUCCCACAGAGGAGAAGAAAAUUAGAGAGAGACAGCAGAGCAUCCUGGCGGAGAAAGGUGAAGAGAUCAGACGCAAGGAGAGAGAGCUGCAGGAGCGUUACCAGGGGGAAGAGCUGGAGGUGAAGAAGAGGGAGCUGUGGAGGAAAGAGGAGAACAACGCAAGACUGGUUGCAGAGAAGGACACCAAGAUGUCUUUUUGGAAUAUUUUGCUAUGCAUACUGUUAAUGGGAGUAAUAGUGCUGGUAGGCUGUGCUCUUCAAGAUAAAUGGUAUCAAGCGGUGGCAUUAAUUCCGAUUUUGCUUUUGAUUUACUUCAAGGUGUUUCCAUCUACUUCAAGAAAAAUACCAUGGAUUUCCAAGAAAACUCGAUAGUCAGGUCUGUAAUGGAUGUUGAGUUCAUGUAAUUGAUUUUAUUCCCCCCAAAAAUGUGCUAAAAAACCAUCAGAAUCAGAAAUCAUUUGUCAAAACAUGUUUUUUGAAAUGUAUCAGUCCAUAAUUAGAAAACACAGCAAUUUUAAUUUUAUUUUAUAUCUUUCUCGCUCUCUCACAAUUAUGACUUAACCCACUCUCAUAUAACACAACUACAUUUCUAAUAAGAUAUAUAGUGUUUGAAGUGGUAUUUAGUAAUGUUUUAUCAACAAUCCUGUAAAGUCUAGUCUAGAAAUUAAAACUUCAAAAUAAUCAUUAACUGUACAGAUUUCCUCAAGCACUUCUGUACAGUUAUUUUGUCAUGCACAAGUAAUGCGACUGUAAAUGUGAUGUGAAUGAAAGAAAUAUUGGUCAUCAUCUCUACAUAUGAGGCCCUCUGGAGCUCCCUGGUGGGGGUUUGACUGAAAGACAUGCUGGAAAUCCAUUCAUUCUGUGGGAGUGUCUCCCACUUAAACUUUCUGUUUCAUUUCCUCGGAGAGGGCAGGAUAGGUAAGACAUAGUUCUGUGCUUUUCAUUCUGGUGAUUUCUGAACAAAAGUUGUUGGUUUCAUGUAGUUUUGUGAAAAAGUUGUACACAGACAUAAUAAACACGAUUGUGUAACGCUC